AUGUUUGGAAAUGAUGGAGGGAAUGAUAAUAAAAUACAAGGCGGGAGAGUUACUCAAAAAUACGAUGGCGAAUCAAAGAAGUUACUUGGACCCUUUGAACAAGUCAAAAAUAAAACACAGAAAGAAAUGGACUAUGAUCUUAUCCCUAAAUUUUUAGAUGUGUUGUAUGAUCCUAUAAGAGUACACUCUCUAGCAGUCAAUAUGAACCAACAAUUAAUGAUCGGAAGUGUUUUACCACAAGGCUAUCUGGAUUUGAAACUUUUGAAUGGAUGUGCCGAGAUGACACAGGAGAAAAAAUUAAAAGUUGCGCAUAUGAACAAGCAUAAUCAUAGUGAACGAAAAAGUAACAACGGAAAGAAAUUUAAUUUUUAUUAUGAAAAGUCGCCCAAACUUGAAUGUCCACCUGCACUUUUGUUAAUCAAACACCUGUCCGACAUAUCGAACAGACGUGGUGGGGAAGGUGAUAAUAUUAAAUCCACAGACACAACUGUGAAGACACAAAUGAUGAUUUCUGCUUUGACAGGAAAGACACAGAUGUUUGUCUCCGUAUUGGUUCGAAAACCACAAAAAAAAAACACUAGCGGAUCUAGUGAUAAUAAAAUUCAGGCAGUCAUUCCUCCCAUUAGUAAUAAAUUCAUAGGAAUGAAAAUAGAUAAAACCUAUUUUAAGGCCACAAUUAUGAAAGAAUUUGAUGGCAAAAAAUUGGUUGAAGAAAAGAGCAAUGGUUUAAAGGAUAAAUUAUCCAAACAAGUUACUCAAAAGAAGACCAUUACCAUGUGGAACGAUACUAGACCUAAACAAAUAAAAAAGUCCACAAUAGAGGUGCUCGAAGUGCUAAUGGAACUAGCUGAAUUACGUGAAGAAAUGCUACUUUUUAAUGUUCCUAGUGACGAUAUUUUUAAUUGGCCACUUUCCUCUAAAAAAGGCAUACUCCGAAAUUCGGCAACAUUCUUACACAGAACAAAGAACACAUUUUACUGUUUUGACUCCAAAAAAAUCUUAACAAAAAUAAACAUAAAAACACCAACAUUACUAGUGGGAACUAAUUCACCCCAUGAUAGUGAACGAAAUGUGCAUUUUCGACCCAAUGUAUCACGACAGCUGGGGUUCAGUAGAUUUGACGAAGCCGAGGGAAUUUCUCCGAAUGGAAUUACAACUUAUCAAAGAAAAUGUUGUCGAACAUUUAAUCAUUCAAGGUUAUCCCUCGCAUUGAGCAAACAGAAUUCAAAUAUUAGUAGUACCGAGGUGAAAAAGGUAGAUAAAUUGCAACUUAACUUUCAAUUAAUAGUAACUUUGGAAAUGAUUUUCUCACAGUUCAUUUUUAAUCUCUUGCAUGUACGUUCACAGGUUUGGUAUCGUGUACGUACAAUUGUGUAUGAGGCUCUUAAUUAA